GUUGUCCAUCGUGAGGAGAGUUGGGCCCACAUGUCAACACAGCUGCGGGGGACGCUCGUCUUCCCCCCUACACAAUCAUCUACUAUACCACCCAUAUAUCAACAACAACAACCUUCUACUCCCACGAUCGUCGUCGCCCCUAAAUCAACACAACAACAACCUUCUACAAUGGGUCCAAAGAAGAUAUUGAUGGCAUCCGAUCCCUCGAUCGUCGUCGACUCCCAAGCACCAACAGAAGAGAAGAUAUACUUUAUUCCUGGACUCUUCAAGCCACCAUCAAGAGUUGUUGUACCAGUUGCUGAAAAUGAUCCAUUCAUACAUCUUGACAUACUACGAGAACAUUCAAGUCUGUUUGCCUCAGAUGAAUCAGGCAUCCCUAACUAUGUUUCUAAAGACCCCAAUGUGUCUAAAAUCAUUAAUUUUUCUGAUGAAGUUUGGAAUAGAAUAGCAAAGGUUCAGUUGCAACGGGAGAAGAAAGACAAGGCGGCAGACAAGGCGGAGUCAGCAGUUGUGAAAAACCAGCAAGAAGAUAAACUAAAAAGUACACGUAGUUUGGAUCAUAAGGUGGACCUCUGUUUUAAGCAGCAGGGUUUUUUUCUCAAGAAGCAGUGUCCUGUUGCAAUCCCAUACAAGUCUAACCUUAAUCACGAUGAACACGAGACUUACCUUCGUGCUUUUGUCAAAUUCAGGAUGAGGGCCUCCGUAACUGCAGCUGAUGGACUGGAAUUUGAAAUGUACUCGAGACUGCAAAAUCGUGUAUAUGAAGAACAAAACUGUUUCAUGCAGUUCUCACAACAGGUUGCAAGGGCACAGCUACCAGCUUACAAUACAGUUCCAGAUAUUGUGCAAAAUUAUGUAAAUGAAUAUGUACAGCACCGGUGUAAACGAAGCUCCAGGUACAAGAGAUUUUAUGUUCAUGAACUUCAAAUACCGAUUUGCCCACAAGACACAACUGGAAGAUACAGCUCUCUCUGCUUCACACAUGUUGGCCACCUGCUAAGUUUGGGUAGCAUAAACUUGAUGAAACCUCGAAGGCAAUAUAAUGCAGUCAUACUUCCACUGGAUGAAUCUGUAUCAAAACAUCAACCUCCAGCACAAGAUGAAACAAGCGAGUCCAAGAACACCCUUUUCAAAACUCCAGUGAGUGAGGACCAGAAUGCUAAGUAUCUGGCUACAGAAUAUCAAGCAAAUAUUGUCAUAUCAUCUGGUGCCUUGAAGAUAUUAGCUGACAAUUAUGGUCCAAGUUUUGAUAAGGAGUGGGACAUUCCUGUUAAAAUUGAGUCACGACAAAUUACAGAUGCUGACGGACAUGAAAGCAGCUUCAGAACUGUAUAUAUUGACAAGCCUAUGCCCAAAAAAACUUGGACCCCUUUAGAAAAGAAGCAGUUGUUCUACAAAAAGUCAGCUUUGGCAUCACUGACAGAAAUUAGGAAAUUGCAGUUUUUAAAAAUGAAAUACCCUUUGAUCUUCAAUUGGGAAAGGAAGGAUGAAGAGUGCAGUGAUACUAGAACGAGAGAUGACGAUGGGAAGAGAAAAUAUGACGAUAUUUUUGAUCUGACGUCUACUGCCGAUCACGAUACUUUUGGAGUUGGGCUGCCAAGUGCCUCUAGGCAUUCUGGAGGCUCGAGAAAAAAUUGUACAGAAGAAGAAGAAGGAGGUAAACAGCAAAAACCAGAAUGUAAGAAACGAAAUAAAACGAACUCCGUUGAGCAAAACAGGAAUUCCUUGUCAAGUGAAGAUGGACAAGAACCAAAAAAUAAUGAAAAAGGUGUUUACGUAGACCUUAAUACCAGUAGUGAGGACGUUGGAACCUCAAAGAUGAAAAACAAUAAAGCAAUGAAAAUGAGGCAGAGUGCUUCUCCAAUGAAAACAAGAGCUUCUAAUCAUCAAAAAUUUUGUAGUAAUGCUGGCUCUUCAAAGAUCAAUAGUCCCAUUGAACCUCAAGAAAUUAGGCCUUCGGUAUCUGACAGUGGCAACAAUGUUUUAGAAGAGCUACUUAGCAUGCAAGAUUCUUUGCUGAAGCCAACACAGACAAACUCUCCUACUAUGAAAUCUGAGAAAUGUGAAGCAUCUCCUACAACACCUACGAAAACCCCAUGGUCGAAUACACUGAAUACCAAUUGGCCAGCACACAUGCAGGUUCAAGAGUGUCCUCCUUGGACUGGAAAUAAUGUUCACUAUCAGCUGUUUUCAUUUGGAUUUAGCAGUAGAAAACCCAGCCAGUCUUUGCAGCCACUCCGGAUCAUUGUUCGGCAUAACAUUCAUGGACUUUCAAGGAAUAAGCAGCAGAAGAUACCGACUAAAGCAUACGUUAUAUAUCCCAAACUAGAAAACCAAGCAUUUUUUGGCUGUGAAGUUAAUACUUGGUCUGAGAUAACACACCAAUGGAUUCAGCUGUUAGUUCGCCCCAAUACCUCUCUCCUUCAAGUACGCGUGUGUGAGAGUACCGGUGAAGUUAUGAUGACGGAGGAAAAGGAUUUAACUACAAUUUUGAAGGAAGGAAAGCAACCACAUAUUGCCUUUUCGCCUCAUCAACCACUCGCAACUCUGUACUCUGUGUUUUCUGUGAUGUCUACUAUGUCACCUGGACAGUAUCUCCUUCAUCAUGACCCUAAUACAAAUGCAUUUAUCCAGCUGCUUAGGGCAACACAAUCAGACCAGGAGGGUCAUUUGCAAACAUUUAAUCUUCAUUCGUCGUAUUCAGCUUCUGCUCCAGUCUCAAAACAGUAUAGUGUACCUCCUUGGCUUGCCAUUGACACCCAUGUCCUUACACCUUUUCAUCUCAAGCACUUCAAGAUUCCUGCAACUUUUCCCAUGAAAUAUCCAACUAACAAGAAACUUUCCAAAGCUGAAAAGCAGAAACUGAAGAAUAAAUUAAAGAAGAAGAAGAGAUUAGAUGACCUUGACAAACCGAACGAAAGAGAAGAGAGUAAGGAGGAGGAAGAUGGCAUGUACUUUGGAAGAACAAGAAGACAAAGAAAAAGUUUCUUCAGCCAAGAGGGUGAUAAUAUGUAUUAACUGGAUUUAACAUGUUUAAUAAAAGAAAUUUUGCGUA